CACAAAAAAAAAAGAAGGAAAAAAAAAGAGAAAGAAAACUCCACGGCAGGCUCAGCCCACAGAGAGGAAUAGUGUUGGAGAGACGGGGCAGAGGUGCAGAUGAAAAGAGACCAGAGAAAAUACUGACACACAACUACCAGACCUCCGAAAUAAAAAUGGACGGACAGAAGCAGUGGACGCGGGUGGCCGUGGUGGCCCUCCUGGUGCUGACGGUGAUGGCGGCCGAAGGCGGCAAAGCGGAGAAGCAAGGAAAGAAGGAGCGCAGGUCCGACUGCGGCGAGUGGCAGUGGAGCGUGUGCGUGGCCAACGAGGGCGACUGCGGGCUCGGCACGAGGGAGGGGACGCGCACCGGCACCGACUGCAAGCAGACCAUCAAGACCCAACGCUGCAAGAUCCCCUGCAACUGGAAGAAGAAGUUCGGAGGGGAGUGCAAGUACGACUUCCAGGCCUGGGGGGAGUGCGACCCGGCGACGGGCAAGAAGAACAGGACGGGCGUGCUGAAGCGGGCGCUCAUGGACGCCACCUGCGCCACCACCGUCACGGCCACCAAGCCCUGUGGGAAGGUCCCCAAGACCAAGCUGCAAGAUGCAAAGAAGCAAAAGAAGGAAGGCAAGAAGAGGGAUCGCACCCAAAUGGACUGAUGACGUUGCGUGUCCCCCCCCCCCCCGCCCCCCCAAGAGGAAGGAAGACGAGGGCCGGAACGACGCCCUGCAGCCAGACGUUUUCCUCUUUGUGUGUCCCGUAGGUCGACAGUAGAGCUUUCCCAAAACCAGUGAAAACGUGACUUUUAGUGACAACAUGUUAUACUUUUUCUUCUUUCUAUGACCUGAUAAGGAACAGCUUGUAUGUUGCCAUAGGAGAUGUAAUAGCCAGCGGUAGGAACAAUGAAUAUGAAAGGAAUUUGUUUAAUAGUGUCAUUUUUUCUCCAGAAUAGACAAAUCGGAAAGGAUUUGUUUUUAGCCGAUAAUAUGGAAAUGUUUUUGGUCCAUGCCUCAACGUGAUGAAAAAGUUGUGAAAUUGAAGUUCUUAACCGCUUCACUUAAUUCCAUUUUGCGAAAAAAACAAAACAAAAACAAAACAUUCGAUUUUGAUUUGAUUUCCAGCAAAAAUAAACCUAAUGUGACGGGAGUGUGCAUGAUUAGUAUAUAUGUGCUAAUGUUUUUAGCGUGUUUCCCUCCUGCUGCUCUGUUGUACCUCAAUUUAUACCCUGUGAUUUCUUACUCUCCAGGUCUUGGCUAUAAAAAAAUAAAAAAGUCCUCCCUAUUGUAGUCCUAAAUUGAAGUUAACAUUUCCUUUGUUUCCUGUUUCCAAAAAUAAAUUAAUAAAAAGCACAAAAAAUAUCUUUUUUUUUUUACCCCGUGCAUCCUUAAAUAAAACCAAAAUAAAAUCAAAAGAAUUAUAACACA